AUGAAAGGCUCUGGCCCUGCCCUCUGUCUGCUCGCUGCCACGCUCGGUCUCUUGUGCACACCCUCUGCCGGGCAGAAGACACUCCGUUUGGGAAGCUGUGUGAUCUCCACCAACCUUCAGAAGAUACAAAGCACGUUUUCUGAGAUCCGGGACAGCGUGCAAGCGGAGGACAGAAACAUUGACACCAGAAUCUUGAGCAAAUCCUUAUCUUUGCAAGACACAGAGCCUUCAGAUCAGUGCUGCCUCCUCCGCCGCGUCCUGAGACUCUACCUGGAGAGGGUAUUCAAGAACUACCAGACCUCAGAUCCCCACACUCUCCGGAAGAUCAGUAGUCUCGCCAACUCCUUUCUUACCAUCUUGAAGGACCUCCGACUCUGUCAUGACCGUAAGACAUGCCAUUGCGGCGAGGAAGCAGCGGAGAAAUACGGCCAGAUCCUGAGUCACUUCGAAGAGCUUGCUCCUCAGGCAGCUGUGGUGAAGACCUUGGGGGAGCUAGACAUUUUCCUGCAAUGGCUGGAGGAAACCAGCUAG